UUGAUUCGGUUGUACUUGAUCUUACAAUUUAGUAAUUUAGUUUGAGUAAGAACAUAUCUUGUCUGAUUUUUCGGACUAUUUAUUUUCUUUUUAUGUCUGAUGUGUAUGUAAACGACUGCAGUCUACACACAAUAGGUUUUGCAGAUUGCUCAUUAAAGCGUUACCUUUUUUAAGCACUUUGCAUAUUUAUCAAUUACUAUUGCUCAGACAUGACUGCUGCCUCAAAAUGUGUGACUUGUUGAGGGAAGGUGUACUAUUACUUUUCUAAGCAAUCAGAUGUUUUGCCUGGUGGACAAUAAAUUUGGCGAAAAAUUCCAUUUACUUGCGUUGGAGGAACCCAAUCCAGAACAUUGACCAGUAGGUAACCACCUAGCAUCCUGAAAACCAUCCUGAACAUUGUAGAAAUGUGUAACAAACACUUAGAACACAUUACAACCAGCCACCACACCCUAGUAUCGUGACGGUAACUUAUGCACAGGCAAGCACCACGAAUGUUUUCUUUAGGAAAUGUGAACAUCUUUUUUUUGUUGUUAUUUAUCAUUUUUAUAUAUCCUCACAAAUAUUAAAAAUAGUCAGUUGUUUUUGGUUUCAAUUAUUUUGCUUAAUCUGGUUCACCCAAUUCAAAACCACCCAUUUCAGCGGUGUUUUGUAUUUUUACAAAAGACUCUCCCCACAAAGAAGCUUUUCUGUACCCCAGGCGGGCAUGAAGAGAAAAACCACAUUGUGUUUUUCAGAUUUGUAGCUGAGCUUUUGUUUGUUUGUUUUUCCACUCUCUAUUGUGCCCUCUGGGAUAUGUUUGACUCAGGUGUGCUGCAGUUCACAGUGUCACAUACAGGUGGCUUGUCCACCUUGGGGCUUUGGUGAGACUGAGGAUUUGGAGUGCAAGUGUAGGUCUGAAUUGAAGCAGGUGGGGAGGAGAGACAGAGAUUGAGGGGAAGAAAAUAAACAAGCAAGGGAGUGCGGAGCAUGCGUAACCAGUACUAACAGUAGUGACAUCUCAAAACAGGUUGAGAACAAAAAAAUCUUGACAAACAUGGUACGGAAUUGAAAUUAGAAAUAAAAAUUAGUAAGAUUUUAGAAAAGAAAUGUAGCCUAGACUUUUGUGGUAAUCUGGGAUGUGAGCAGAGCUGAGAGAAUUUAACAGGUCAACACAACAUCAUAUAGACACAUAUGGACAGGAUGGGAGUCAGUCGUCCACUGCCCAGCAUACCCAACGAUUCAUUAAGUGCUGCAAUAGAGGCCAUUAGUGUGAGCACAGAAUUUGUGGAGGAGGAACUAAAGCCGUAUUUGGACGCAGUGCUGAAUGUUGCCAUUGAAAAAAAGAAAGGCACAGCCCAUCAGGUGGCAGAGAGUGGGAUUCUGCCUGUUCUGGCUCAGAUAUUAAGAAGAAAGAGCACGCUCACCACUCACACAGCCAAACUGGUGGCUGAACUUGCCAGAGAUGCUCCUGUAAGAGAGCAGUGCUUUGAGACAGGCAUUGUGUCUGCACUUGUGACCUUAUUGCUCAGCCAAGAUCAGGACCUUCUCCUCCACGUUAGCCAGGCCAUCGCCAGAAUCUGCUAUGACAGUAACUUGCAGCAGGAGAGAUUCCUGAGGCUUGGAGUGGUCCCACGACUGGUAUCAGUUCUUCUACAGCACAGUAGAAACGAGGCUCUACUGAGUUCUUGCUUGCUGGCCCUCUGUAACCUGGCCAACAUGGGUGAGGAGGAUGGCUCUAUGCUCACCUGGGAGGAAGGCGCAAAUUUCGGUGAGGGGGAGCGCGUGUUCCAUGGCACCUCACGUUACUCUUUUGGUCUAACAUCAGCCGUGACAGUGGUCAGACUGAAACAGUGGACUGACGGCCAGUACUCUGUGACAGUAGAAGUGCUUCAAAGAUGCUCCACAAUGCUGUGGGGCACAAACAACGGCCGGCAGACUGGGCACCGCUUACAGAACUUUCCCCACCUAGGCAGCUGCCCCAAGUUGUAUAAAGUUAUCAAAUGCUCAGUGAAGAAUAUUCCAAGGAACUGCAAUCUUAGGGCAGCAAUGUUUCACACCCUCUUGUGAGGCUGAGUGUUUAUGGUAGU